AGCGAUUUGUUGUCAUAUCUAGGACUUGAUAUAGUGCACGGAGUAUUUCUUCAUUUAAUCAUGAUUGAAAUAAACUUAAGAGGUACAAAGUUUUCGACCUCUUCUUCUUCUGUGCAGAACAUCCUGGAAAAAUUGUCAAUGUGUGGCCGAGCCGAGAUUUUAGCGGACGGAAGUUACUAUUUGGACCGAAAUCCUUUGAUAUUCCAUCACAUCCUGGAUUUCUAUACGGAAGGCGAAUUUCAUCUUCCUAGGAAUAUUUGUCCUCUCCAGGCCCGGAAGGAAAUGGAAUUCUGGGUGAUUCCGUUCAGUGAGAUACCCGUAUGUUGCUACGAGACACUGUAUGACGAUAAGGAAGCUGAAUACAAAGCGAUAGGUCUGCUGGAAAAUGAAGUACGACACCAGAUGGACGAUUACAAUGUGAUAAAAUCAAAAUCCCCCAAGUCCAGUGUCAGAGACAAACUUCUUUAUGCGCUCAAUUUUCCAUUACAAUCAUUGCUAGGAAAGAUUUGGCUGUUUGUCGUUGCUAUAGUUACUGCUGCUUCUAUAGCGGUUUUCCUGUUGGAGAGUUCGGCUUACUUCCGGGUCCAGAGAAUGGGUCAGCCGACCAACAAGACCAUUCAACUAGCUGGCAACAACCAAAAGUUUUACAAGCUCCUAGUUACAAAGACCGCCAAAGAAAUGGCUUUUGCAGAAAUAUUUUCCAAUACUGUACUCACGUUUGAUCUUAUUCUGAGAUUCAUUAUUAGUCCAAUGAAAAAACAGUUCUGCAAAAGGCCUCAAAAUAUUUUGGAGCUAUUGACUGAGCUAGUCAUAUUUACCUUCGUAGCUCUAGAAUACCUGGUUGAUUAUGAAAAGUAUAUUAACAAUUUUUCCUAUGUAUUCUCAACACUUAUGCAAAUCUUCUAUUCUCUUCGUGUAUUUCGCAUUUUCCGAAUCAUCGAAUCUUGUUCCGAGAUGAAAAUGCUUAAGUUAUCUCUUCAAAAAAGUCUAAAUGAAUUUUGUCUGUUUGUCACAGUUCUGAUAACAUUCGCGUUUAUUUUCGGGUCCUGGAUGUUCUGGGCGGAGUUUUAUAAUCCAGAAACUUUCCCCAACAUAUUUUUUGGCAUCUGGUGGGUAAUCGUUACUAUGACGACGGUUGGAUAUGGCGACUUCUUUCCGAAAACAACAGCCGGGUAUUUUGUAGGCGUGUUAACGUCUAUCUUUGGUUUGAUACUGUUAGCCAUGCCAAUAGCAACGAUUGCAUCAAAUUUUAGCAAGAUUUACGAUUGCUAUAACUUUAGAAAGACUCAUAUAAAAACCAAGCAAGUAAAGCAUUCCAAACAAAUAUCAAAAGAACCAACGGAAACGCGCGCCUUGUAGCAUGAAUUACGACUGAAUGUUUAUAGUUAAUUGUACAUGUACUUGUAUUUUAUAGUUACUGACGGUUUUCU